CCAUCACCAACAGCUAGCUGAAUCUGUGCAUGGUGGUCGCUACAGGCUGUUAUUUCCUCCGCAUUUAGGUCGCUGUCUCCGCUAGAUUUGUGAAAAAACAGGAUUAUGUUUUAAAGAAUAAGACAUUAUCUAACAUUUAGCGCUGUUAAAGGCUUAAUUUGUGUCACUGGUGUGACGCGGAGGCCGUUUCUCUCUCUCCUCUUCCUCCCUGAAUGAGAGGGAGGAUUCUUCUUCGCCCUGAGGAAAACAUUGAUUGCUCAGUAGAUUUGCAGGUCUCUGUCAUUUUAGUCAAUCAAAUAAACAGUCACUAAUGGCAACCAGUGCCAAGAGACCAUCCCUGCAGGGUCCAGUGCCCCCUCCUCGUAAGAAGACUACCCCCAAACCAGAGCUGACUGAGGAGCAGAAGCAGGAGAUCAGGGAGGCAUUCGAGCUGUUUGACACAGACGGCUCUGGAUACAUUGAUGUCAAAGAGCUCAAGGUUGCGAUGAGAGCUCUGGGGUUUGAACCAAAGAAAGAGGAGAUCAAGAAGAUGAUUGGUGAAGUGGAUAAAGAUGGCACAGGGAAGAUCUCCUUCACCGACUUCCUCAGUGUCAUGACACAGAAAAUGGCAGAGAAAGACUCCAAAGAGGAAAUCCUAAAAGCUUUCCGGCUGUUUGAUGAUGAUGAGACUGGAAAGAUCUCCUUCAGGAAUCUUAAGAGAGUGGCCAAAGAGCUUGGCGAGAACCUGACGGACGAAGAGCUGCAGGAAAUGAUCGAUGAAGCGGACAGGGACGGAGAUGGAGAAGUCAACCAGCAGGAGUUUCUGCGCAUUAUGAAGAAAACCUGUCUGUACUGAAGAAAUGAGUCAUGGUGUUUGGGUUGGUGAUGCAGUAUCAAAGAGUGGUGGUUUUACAUGUAAUGCUGCUCUUACUUAUAGAUGUAGUUCAUUCAUUCAUUUUCUACUGCUUUGUCCUCCACACGAGGAUCACGGGGGGAGUUGGAGCCAAUCCCAGUUGACAUAGGGGAAAGGCGGGGUUCACCCGGGACAGGUCACCAGUCUAUCUAUGUUCAAUUUAGAGUCUCCAGUUAACCUAAUCUGCAUGUUUUUGGACUGUGGGAGGAAGCCGGAGAACCUGGAGAGAACCCACACACGGAGAGAACAUGCAAAAGUUCUGUCUCAAAAUUUCCCUCAUCAUUAUUAUUGUUAUUAAGUCGUGCCAUACAAAGAGAUUUACGUGUUGCAUACAUCAAAUAAUAUCCUAAUUAUCUUCCACUGAUUUAAAUGAUAAUCCAAUGUAUAUUUGCAUAAGAUAAGAGAAUACUGUUUGAAAUGCUGCAUAUAUGAAAUUAAAACGUGUAGAUUAUUGGUUCCUAGUGCACAGUACAUUCCAGAGCUUUGAUUUACACUACAGUUUAUACAUUGUGAAGAUUUAGCCAUCGAUAGGUGCUUGAAUUAUACUAUGUUUCUUGUUCUUUCAAUGUUAAGCUGUUAGGUAAGCGCUGACGAUCGGGGAGUGGUGUCUCACCUCAGCGCUGCCUGCAGAUUUGUGCCUGUGCCUCUUUCAGGGGCGAUCACAAUCAGGGAAGCUGCCCAAACCUCUCUGACCUGCACACCUUCCCCACACGUCUCAUCGUCUGCGAUAUGUGGCUUAUUGUUGGAUGUGUUUUCCUUGUAGCAUCUCUAAGUACAUUUACUCCUCUGUGUUCUUGACAGUUUUGUAUGGUGAAUUAUGAAGCAGAUAUACAACAUAUUUAUCUUUGUGAGACAAAUUAAAUAUACUAAAGCUA